CUUUUCUAGUAUACAUAAAAUAUUUUUCAAUUUGCGGACGCAAUCUGAAAGGUUAAAUUUGUUAGAUACAUACUUCGUAGCAAGCUGGUUAUAGUCGUGCAUAAAUACAGAAAUAUAAAAAUGGCUAAUAAUUAUAGUGAAGAUCAUGUUGCCCAAAAAGAAGAUUAUGACGGCCCACGCAUCAACGGUGUUGCUCAGAAAUUUUUGGCUGAUUUAAACGAGGAGCGUGAACGUUUAGGCAAUGAUUUCCCAUUAUGUCUUCAAGUCAUCGAUGAUGCUGUUGAGCGUGUUUACAUGACAGGACGCAUACCAGGCACUGAAUAUCUCGCUGACGUGUAUAAGCAAAAACCUAUGAAGAUAACUCAAAAAGUAUUUGUUCCUGUUAAACAAUACCCUAAGUUUAACUUUACAGGAAAAUUGUUAGGACCAAAAGGUAAUUCCUUACGUCGUUUGCAUGAAGAGACCCAGUGUAAGAUCAUUAUAAAAGGGCGUGGAUCAAUGCGUGAUCGUAAUAAGGAAGAAGAGUUGAGACAAUCCAGCGACCCCCAACACGCCCAUUUGAACAGGGAUUUGUUUAUAGAAAUAAGUACAGUGGCAACUCCUGCCGAGGCACAUGCUCGAAUUGCCUAUGCUUUGGCUGAAAUACGUAAAUAUCUCAUCCCUGAUAAGAACGAUGACGUAUCUCAGGAGCAACUCCGAGAACUUAUGGAAAUUGAUCCCAAGACAGCUGCUACUUAUUCGAAAACCGUACUCACAAAGUUUUCAAAUGGUAAUGGAGCUUCUAAGUUUUUAAAUCUUAUUAAACAGAAUGUUUCUAUGGAUGAAGAGGAAGGAGGCGAGGGCAUAUAUGAAGAAAUGGUUGAAUACGAACAGCGUGUACCAAAGCGAACUACUGCUUCGCCAUAUAUAAAAGCAAUCAGUCCACCAUUAUAUAUCAGGAGCCAUCUAGUCUCAUUAUGGAUGCUUCCUUAUCCUCAGUUAAACCCUGGUUGAACGGCUCUACUACCAUCAGUACAAUCAGGUACGUAUUUGAGUGAAUAACGGAUUUACAGAUAAAUCAUUUCGUCGGAAUUGAGAUCGAGAGCAAUUACAACGUAAACAUGGAAGUUUCGUUCUUUAAUUUGGUGAAUAUGUUAUUGCAAUUCGUUGUGUAUUACUUUUCAAGAAUUAUUAAAUAAAUAAAAUAAAAAACUGA